GUGCUAUUUUUAGAACAGGUCCGCGGGCGACUCAUGUGGUCCUUGGGGGUGUCCUGGUGCCCGCAGGCACCAUGUUGGUGACCCCUGGGCUAGAGAUCGCUGAACUUUUUUCCAGUUACUCCAGUCAGUUAUUUAAUUGUCCAACGUAUGAUAUUUGUAAACAUUCUCGGAUUGUUUAUAAACAUUACCGCCAAUAUUCGUGUAGUGAUUUUUAAAUUGUAAUGCCAAAAAAGCUAGGUGUUUUCCACAAUGUUGCCCGCUAGUGUAUGUCACAUAAUUGUCCCUUUUGUCCUUUAAUUCCACAUCAUGUUUCUAAAUCCAGGUGUUGACUUCAAAGUGAAAACCAUUGCAGUCGAUGGAAACAAAGCAAAGCUUGCAAUUUGGGACACAGCGGGACAGGAACGGUUCCGAACUCUGACGCCAAGCUACUAUCGAGGGGCCCAAGGCGUCAUCCUGGUUUACGAUGUUACAAAACGUGAUACAUUUACCAGGCUUGAUAACUGGCUAAAUGAGUUAGAGACAUACUGCACAAGAAAUGACCUCGUGAAAAUGCUGGUUGGAAACAAAAUUGAUAAGGAAAACCACGAAGUAGACAGGAACGAAGGCCUCAAAUUUGCAAGGAAACAUUCCAUGCUUUUCAUUGAGGCAAGUGCAAAGACUCGCGACGGGGUGCAGUGCGCAUUUGAGGAGCUGGUCGAGAAGAUCAUCCAGACUCCGGGACUUUGGGAGAGCGAGUCGCUGAGUCCGGGUUUGCGGCUCUCCCACCAGGACCAGCCGAAGGGGAGCUCCUGUACGGGCUACUGCUCCUUGGCCUAAGUGCAAACCGCUCCAUUUGUUGAAGGAAAGCAUUGUUAUCUUUAUCAUUAUUCAAUGUUCAAUUAUCCUACCCCAGGCCAUACUUGCUGUGGUUGCACCAUGUUGGGGUGUAAAGGGGAGUUCGCCAUUAAGAGAUGCUGCUGUUUGCACAUUAUAAGCUUCACUACUUGAGUUUGUUUAGGAUUUCGUAAAAGGCAUGUCUACGGCUGGCAGAGCUUGGGUCAGGGAUACCGGUCAGGGAUACAGGGAUACGGUCAGGGAACAGCUGGUCUGUUCCCUGUGUGUCAUCAACCCCUCCACAGUGGAGGGUUGGCAAGCACAUUUUGUUGACGUCUUAGCAUCGCUCAUGAUGGAAGCUAGCUGUUUAACCACUAGGUUUUUCAGAAUAAAAGAAUACUUGAUGACAAGUCAGUUAUAAUGGCAGCAAGGGAAUGUAGUUAUAAAGGAGAUAUACCUCACAGUCGAUUAAUAUGUAGAGAUUGUUGAUACGCACUGACUUUUGUUUAUGGAACCUGCAUCAGCAAAAUUAAAUAGCCAAAACUGUCGCUAGAAUGUUGUUUUUCCCAGAAUUUCAAGCAAAAACUGCUCUUACAAAGUUUUCUUUUUUUUAACCCAUGAAAACCCAGCUGGUUUCUGUCUGGUUAAGGAAAUAUGGAUUAUGGAUAUUUAACAGCCCACUUGUUCCCAGAAUCGCCUGCUGAUGUUUUUGAUUUGUGUCUCAAGCAUGGGAAAAAAUCACUGAUGUCUUCAAAUGUCAGAUAUGUUUUAUAAAUUGCCAGUUUUCCCUCAGGUUUUCUAAUACAUGUUCUUAUGUAGUCUUCUGUUUCCUAUAUUCAUGCUUAAAUGAUCUGUAGCUGACCCACGUACAGCCUUGAGAAUUGGAUGUCCUUUUGGAUGUACAGGCCCACAUUGUUUGGCAUUCCACUGAUUGUUUUGUUUUUAAGAAACAGGUGUCCAGUAACCGAUGUCUGCUGCUCCAGCAGAAGUGCACUGGGUGCACUGCUUUCCGUUUUAACUCCCUCUUUCGUUGCAAAGAUUCUUGUUUUACGGCCCUUUCCUUUUUUCAUGUUUAAUGGUUUUUAGUGCCACACUAAGUCAUUCAUGAUGAGAAUCAGUACAGUGGUGCAUUCGAUCCUUUCAGUCAAAGCCCUAAACCAGCAGUGGGCAAUCUUAUCCUUAAAGGGCCGGUGUGUACGCAGGUUUUUGGGAUAACCUGUAGGUCAGCUGUUCAAACCCAGAUGUGAGGACUCUUCAGCCAAUCAGUCCUCUAAUUAGUAAUCUAAUUAGGGAGCUGCAGCGAAAACCCACAUACACACCGGCCUUCUGCGGAUAAGUUUGGCCACCCCUACCCUAAAAGAACUGGCCUUAACAUAUGUCCUUAAUAUAUUUUAUUCUUGUCUUUAUUUCAUAGUAUCUAUGUUAAUAAAUGUGUUUUUAUACUUAGUUCA